CGGCGUUUUCUGUUCACCACGCGGCGAUAAUUGAUAUCACGCCGCGGACCGCUCUGGACGCCGCACGAUGCAGCUUUUGGGGUCAGUACACUUGCAUGUCACAUGAGCCAGCCUGUCACCCAUUAACGGUAUGGUUGAUCGAGGCUAGAAUAUGGUUAGCACUGAGUGAACCUGCUAGCGUGGCUUCGUGGAUCGGGACCUGGACAGUUACCAAAUCACACCGUGCCAGUGGUUUGAACAGCACAAAUAUCCAACCUCAUCUACGGCAUUCGCCUUGAUGCCAUAGCAUUCAUCCCACAGUGUCAACAUGCGUCUACCAUAUGUCGACCCGGCGGACCCCAACAAAUUCUCCAACACCGAUGCCGCCGCCGUCGUCGAUAGAGUCCGUCAGAGACGACAUCCACGACCCCUCCAACCUCUCGACCUGACACUCUUGCACUCCCCGGCCUUCGCAGACGGCUGGAACAGCUUCAUCGGCGCCGUUCGCACCAAGUUGACACUGCCAGACGACAUCCGCGAAAUCGCAAUCUGUCGCGUCGCCAUCCGAAACGGCGCGUGGUACGAAUGGCACCAUCACGCUCCACUGGCUAAAGCCGGUGGCGUGAGUGACGAGGGCAUGGACAUUUUGGCUAGAGAUGACUUGCCUCCACCGUUUCCUGCUGUACAGACAAGUGACGCGGACGGUCUGACAGAGAAGCAACUCGUCGUGGCGCACUACGCAGAUGCCAUGACUUCCGACGUCAAGGUGUCGGAUGAAUUGUUUGGCAGGUUGAACAAAUUGUUCAACGACCAGGAGGUUGUCGAGAUUACGGGCACUGUCGCUGCGUACAAUUGUGUCAGCAGGUUCCUUGUGGCUUUGAAUGUGGGCGAGAGAAAUGGGCCAAAGCCUCACACGUUGUGACCUGCACAGGACCAGGUAUGGUGUUCUCUCUGUGGAGGCCCGGCUGGCUGAGGCUGGCCGCUGUUGUACUGUCCAGGCUGCUUCGGUUUCCGGGUAGCCAAGAAACUCUCGAGGCAAUGUCGGUAUCCAUCUUGCUAGGCGGAGAGCUUGAAGGUUAUACAGCGGUGAAGGACCACAGAGUUGUGAAGAGCAAGACGAACCAAAAAAAAAAGAAAUGUGAUGGACUGUGUAGGACUCGAACCUACGACCCGCAGGCUAGGGCUCCUGUCCUAC